AUGGCAGAAGCUUCCGGAAGGAUUGGAAAGCAUGGAGAGACUAUCACAGAAGAGCUGCCACUGUACUACAGUGGUCAGAUGCAGAAAAAAGACAAAGGAGAGAACCUGGAGCUACAUAAACUGAAAUCCAUGGAGCAAGUGUCCUCCUCAAAGAGCCCUGAGUGUGACCCUAUCUACAAACUCAAGUUCCCCAAGCAGGAAGUACAACUUAAGUUUGAUAAUGUGGACACAGCAGAGUUGUGGAGAGGCUUUAUCUUGGCCGUGUCUAAACUGCCGAUCCCACGGUUGCAGCUCCUCCCUCGUCAGAUCACGAGGCUGAGGGAGAUUCAAACCGCAGAGGAACAACGGCGGGCUGUAAAAAAGGCCUCCCUGCAGACCCCCAAGAUGUCCAAAACUCCUGCCUGUUUUCUGAAAGUGUCUCGUGAAAAGGCAGAGGAGCUACUACAACAGCACCUGGACUGUGGUAGCAUCAUCCUGAGGCCUGCAACUGACAAACCACAUUACUCCAUCACAACUAGACAGGUUUUUCCCAGUGGUCCACUUGUUAAUCACUACAAGAUCAUUUCCAGUAAAUCUGGCUAUACUAUUGAACUGGAUGAGCCUGUAACUGUCAAAACCCUGCAUCAAGUGGUGGAUCACUUUGUGGAGAAAACAGCCAAUCAACUACAGCCUUUCACAAAGUCAGAGCCUCAACCUCAGUGCACACUCGCAUAGAGGAGCAUCUGCUGGUAGCUUCUGGACUUUGACCAUCAGCAUCCAGUGUCACCAUCAAGUGCUCUGCCACAGCACUCUGUGACAGAGAGAGAGAGGAAGACAGUACAAGAGCGGAGCUUGACUGUAAUUAGGUUGCUGCAAUACACUUCCUUCUGCUGCAUGUUUAUUGUCUUCAGCAGGCAGACUGGACUUCUAAUUGGCUAUUACUGCACUGUCAAACUUCUGCCUGAUGCCAAAAUAUGUCCACCAUCUGUGUAUAUUACAUUAACAUACACCAAGAAACUCUAUAUCAGGGGCUGAAUCUGUGGCUCGCUAGCCACACACAGUUCUU